AUGGUACUGAGCGACUUUGAACUGGUACUGGCUCUUAGCAACCUUGUUGGAAGCGCGCUUUCCUCUCUGGGCUCCGGAUUUAUCAUCCUCUGCUACACAUUCCUCCCGUUGAAGAAGCAUCAUCGACACCUACUCAUAUUGAACUUGGCCAUUGCAGAUUUUACCAAUGCUACGAACAACGUAAUAUCUGGAUCCGUCGUUCUCUCUACUGGUCCUUUAUCGCGAACGCCAGUUUGUAGCUUCAGAUGGCCUGUUUACAUAUUCGAGACUAAAGCGCGACACGUAUGGGCGACUGAUACGUCCAUCCUGGCGAUCUCUAUAGUGACCGUCAUGAUCGUUACCGCAUCUCCUGAGUCUUCAUGGUCGGAAAAAUCGAGUAAAAACAAACGGCGGUUCAUCUGUAUGAUGUGUGGUUGUACCUGGGUGAUGCCUAUCCUGACAAGCUUCAUUGCGCUCGGGAAAGGUUACUAUACGGCCGUCACUGGUAAUUGGUGCUGGCUGACACCCGAACCUGUCUAUGUGCGGUAUGUACUGACUCACGGGUGGCGUUCUCUUGUUCAUAUUCAUCGAGAUCGGCCUGUACACAUACUUAUACAUCUAUCUACGGAAGGCGAAUCACACUCUUCAGCCUAACUUCAGCACAGAAUACCUCUCAUUUCAGAACGGACCUCCAUGACGGAUUCCAAGAUCUCAGUGAAACAAUCCUCCCGAUCGAUCCAGAUGUACUG